GCCUGAGAAUUUAACGAUGUAUAUGUAAAAAUAAUUAGAAUUUUCCCAGUGUUUAUGACAACAUGGAAAUACUAGAAGACCCAGUGUUUAAAACAAAAUAUCAGAAAUACAAGAUUCGUGUUAAAUUAUGGGAAAGUCAAUUUACGGAAAAACAUGGACGUAAGCCAAAUAAGAAUGAUAUUAAAGAGGCUGAUAUAAAAAUUAAGCAAUCUUAUAAAAUGUAUUGGAAACUGAAAACACGUGCUUUGGAAGAAACACUUACAGAUAUUACAUUUUCUGAUGAGAUAGAAGAUAAUGUCUCUGAUAAAACUGGGAUGGACAUAUCAGUUGAAGAAAUGAAAGUUGACGAUACAUCCUUAAGGGAUGAAAAUAAAGAAAUUUUAGAAAAUAUGCGUAAAGAAGAUAAACUGGACACAGGGAACACAGAUAAGAAAGAUGUAGAAAACACAAAUGAAAAGGGUACAGAAAACAUAGAUAAGAAGGAUACUGAAAAUAUAGAUCCACAAGGACAUCAAAGUCAAUCUACUACUCCUGAUGCAACAGUAAAUGAAAAUAAGUGUAAAAAUGUAAAAGGUGUAUGGGGUGAUCAUUUAAGUAAAACCAAUGAAGAAAUACUCAAAAAGAAAAAAUCAAUACCCAUAAGUAGAUCAUCUUCAUUUCAAUUGUCACAAAACAAAUUUACAAGUUCAGUCUUUACAAAAAGGAACCCUAGGAAAUCUUUAUCUCAGACAAAAAUAAAAAGUAGGUCUGAAAAAGACAUUAGUAGUAGUACAAGUACAUCAGAGCAAACCACAAAUUCAGAAUUAAAUAAUAAAGAUGGCUUUGAUGUGAAUGAAGAAGCAAAAGCUAUAUUUGGUGAACCAGUAAAAGUAACUUACAUAGAAUCUAAGGUUGCCACUCAAUCAAUUAACACUGUACAGCAAUUAAUUGAAGGACAUACUGUUAAUAGAAAUUUGAAUCCAGGAUGGCUAAAUAGAUGUGCCAAACAAAGUAACUUGGAAUAUCCAGCAUUUGAUUCACAGAGGCUUUCUGGAACAUGCGAUUCUGGAAUUGAAUCAAUGGAGUCCAUCACUCAAUCACCUACAGAUAAUGUGUCAGUCUCUGAACCACUUAAACUUCCUUUAAUAUCAGAUGAAGAAGACUUUGUUUGUAACAGUGAUACAGAAGAAGAACAUAGAAAAAAACGUAUUAGAAACUUCAGGAAAAGAUUCAGUGACCAAGAAAAUCAAUCUUGUAAAAGACUGUGUACUGAUAAUAGUAUAAGUACUCCAAUACCAAGUAAAAUGGAUGUGCAAACAAUGCAUUCUAUUAAAAAUAUUAGUCCAGUUUCCAGUGAAGAAAAGUCUAACAACUUAAACAUUACCAAUAUAGCUGCAGUUAAAAUUAAUAGUAAUGUAGUAUGUAAUAAUGUAAAUAUUAAGACAAAUUUAGCAGAUAAUAUUGACAAAUGCAAUGACAACAUGGGAGAUAUGCCACAAACUGUGAAUACAAUGAUGAAUAAUGAAGAAGAUAUAGAAAUAUCAUCCAAAGGAAGACCAGAAAAUCGUCGCAAAGUUCGAAGGCGAAUUAAGCGUGUUUCAUCUGAUGAUUCUGAUUUCAAUGAAAGUGAUACACAAGAAAAAGAAAGUAAAACGAAAAAAAUCAAAACAACACGGGUGAGUUCAACGAGGAAGAAUAAAGCUACUAAAGAAUCACGUGUAAAGACUGAGAAAAAAAGAGAAGUUAAAACCAGAAGACCUAGGAAGAAAAAGGAUCUACAAGAUGAUGAAGAUAUCUUAAACACUGGUACCACAGAUCAAGAAACUGCAGAAGAUAAGGGAUCAGUAAUAUAUGGAAUAGAAACCUUACAAGCUGUUCCACGGUUUGCAAUGAGCAAAUAUAAUCAAGGAGAUCUUAUUGAACAAUGUGCUAAAUCUGUUUGCUCAACAACAGAUGAUUUAUGUACUUCUGAUGUAGGCUUAAAACCAAAAGGAAAAUUGACAGAGAAAGAAAAAUUGGAGAAGAAGGUAGCGGAUGGAAAAGUAAAUGAAAACUUUGUUAGGAUAAAUCUAAAGAGGAAAAUAUUUGUACGUGGUAAAAAACACUUCAACUUUUCGAAAUAUAAAAAAAAUCAAUGGAAACAAAGGAAAAAAGAUCUCGGUUCCAGUGAAGGUAGUUUAAUGGUAGCUGACUUUAUUGAAAAGAAUAGUACAGCAACUUGCUUUAAAUGUGGAGAAGCUGGUCAUUUCUCAAGAAGAUGUCCAAAUGCAAAGGGUGACGAUUUAAUAUCGUUGAACGAGAUAGAUGAAAGUUCAGAAUUCCCAACUUUAGAAGAAGCACAGGAAAUGGCCAGUCAAAAGGCAAUUACAGCUCAUGCUAAUAGAAUUAACCGUUUGCCGGAGAAACCAUCGUACAGUUCUAAAACAGAUAUUGAAUCAGCAGAACGUGAAACCGAGGAUAAGACUGACGAUAACGAUUUAUGGGAACCUAUUGAAAAUGAAGAAAUUUUAUGCGGACAUAAGAUACCCAAAGAUCUAGUACAAAAAUUAUUACCACCGCAAAUUGAUACAGUUCAAAGACUGUACGAACUUAAGGAAGAUCAGUCAUGUAUAGACACACCAGCUGAAGUUUAUGCAGCAUUAAGGCAAUUUGGUCAUGAAGCAUUCAGAUUUGGACAAGAAAAAGUUAUAAUGAGAAUACUCUCUGGUUUAUCGACUUUGGUAACUUUAUCCACAGGUUCUGGAAAAUCUUUGUGCUAUCAGUUACCUGCAUAUCUCUAUUCUAAGUACUCCAAGUGUAUCACCUUAGUUAUAUCACCAUUGGUAUCCUUAAUGGAUGAUCAAGUAACGGGUGUACCAUCGUGUUUGUCUGCAUGUUGCCUACAUACUGGCCAAACACCAAAAGUAAGGGAUAAUGUUAUGCAAAUGGUGAAACAGGGAAAAGUAGAUAUUUUACUAAUUUCACCAGAAGCUGUAGUUGCUGGGGAAAAAUCUACCUUUGGUUCUUUAUUGAGGCAGCUCCCAUCAAUUGCUUUUGCAUGUAUAGACGAGGCUCAUUGUAUUUCACAAUGGUCUCAUAAUUUCCGUCCGUCCUAUCUCAUGGUUUGUCGAGUUCUUAAAGAAAAAUUAGGUGUUAAAACGGUGUUAGCUCUUACAGCUACUGCAACAAAAGCUACCGCGGAAAGCAUAAUAAAUCAUGUAGGUAUACCCGACGGAAUGGAGGGUGUUAUCUCUGACAUUCCAUUGCCUAGAAAUCUGUUGUUAACAGUUUCGAAGGAUGAGUAUAGAGAUCAAGCUUUAAUACAAUUAUUACAAAGUGAAAGAUUCCAAGAAUGUAAUUCGGUUAUUGUUUAUUGCACUCUUCAUUUUGAAAAUUUCAUUACAUUGACAGAUGUAAAUAAUCCUGACAAAGUUAACAGUAAAUUAUCUUCUACCGCGGAAGCGUAUCAUGCUGGUUUAUCAGCUCAUCGCCGAAAAAUUGUACAGAAAGCAUUUAUGAAUGGGCAAACCAGAAUUGUUGUUGCCACGGUAGCUUUUGGUAUGGGUCUUAAUAAGCCGGAUAUUCGUGCUGUUAUUCAUUAUAAUAUGCCUGAUUGUCAUUUGUUCAUAAGUCCAAGGGAAGAUAAUGAUAAAUGGGAAUUGCGCCGACAUAUUUAUGCAAAUGGAGUAGAUAGGCAUGUAAUUAGGCGUUUACUUCAAAAAAUUUUUGUUCCAUGUUCAUGCUCAAAGAUCCGUGAGAAAAAUGCAAACUAUAGAUGUCCUGGUCACGAAGUUGCUAUACCAGUUGAUGAAACGGUUGCAGCUCUAGAUGUUCCAGAGGAAAUAAUUUCCACUCUAUUAUGCUACCUCGAAUUACAUCCUAAAAGGUUCAUUACUGUUCUUUCAUCAGUAUACGCCAGGGCUAGAGUUUCAAGUUAUGCUGGGCCUCAAGCGUUGAAACAAGCUGCUCAAUCGUCACCGCCGCUUGCAAUGGCUAUAGCAUUGGAUUUACAAAAGGGUAUUUCUCAUGAAAAUGAUAACAUUAUUGAAUUCCCCGUCGUAGAUGUAGCAUCUGCUAUUGGUUGGGAUAGCGGCGUAGUAAAAAAUCAUCUUAAAAAUUUAGAAUGGAAAACAGUUAACGGAACUUCAAAGCGUUCAGCUAUUUCAGUGCGAUACGAUCAACUUGGCUUUAGAGUGCAGGCUCCUGGAGAUCUAACGGAUGAGGAAUUAGACGAAGCACUCGACGCUUUACACAAACGUACUCAAGACCAAGAAAUUGCCGCUUUGCAGCAACUUGAAACAAUUGGUGUAACUCUCCAUAAAUUCGGUGCCACAACUGUGAAACAGUGUCUAACACUGAAUGAUGAAAUGACCAACAAAUCUGAUCAAUUAAAAGACGAUAUUCGAAGUUACUUUACCGGAAAAAUUCUCUUAGAUAUGGACUCUAAACGGCAGGGUGAAGGAAGAAACGACGCAGAAAUAGCCAGUGAUGUACGCAACUUGAUUAUGAGUUACCGAGAUAAUAAUUUUACUGGACGUGCAGUUGCUCGUAUCUUUCAUGGUAUACAAAGUCCAAAUUAUCCUGCUUAUGUUUGGCACAAAUGCCGUUUCUGGAGGGCUCAUCUCUCAUUUGACUUCAGUGUUUUGUGUCAAAUUGCAACCAGAGAAAUUUUAGCUUCACGUUAG